AGGUGAAGGUCACUUCAGUGAGGACCUUCGAGUAACUUUGAACCUAACGUCAUUCCAUCAGUUUCGUGCUGAUGUUCGGGGCAAGUAUACCACUCGGUCAAGUAUAUACAACCGUAUUCAUCAGAGCAUUCAUUGCGGGUCGCAUCUUAGCAGGUGAAUGAGUAUGGUUUUACGCCGCUUUUAGCAAUAUUCCAGCAAUAUCACGGCGGGGGACAGCAGAAAAUUAGCCAGUAAUUGAUAAGCUAAAACUUAUGAACCACGAAGAACCCCAACCCACCGAUGGCUACGGCACUGCAUGGCUAAUCAUGAUUCUCUAUAUUUUCAGAAAAGUCCAUGAUAAACAUUUCUUGAAAAGUCAAGCAACUUUAUGUAAACAUGGAAUGUCUCAAGUUGCAGACACCAUGGAAGGGCCUCUUGAUAAAAUCUUGUAUCAGAAAGCAAUGGCUUAUUAUCCAAAGGUGCUUCCAUCACGCAUCACCAGUGCCACACAAGAAACAGUGUCAUCUCAGUAAUCAUGGUAACAGGACAAUAGCUACAAACCUUUCCCAGAAAGGCAGAUAUGUAUGGCAGGCGUCACCAGGACAAGAAGUAGGACCUUGUAUACUUCGCCAAGAAAAUAACAGAAGGCAUAUCUGCAGAAAGUAUUUUAGUACAACUUCUAAAAAAUUGGAAGUAACAUUAGACACUGUAUUCUCAGAAAAUAACAAGAAACGAGUACAAGAUCAUCUCUUGGGGUUUAGGCCCUCCAGUGUGUCAAGGUCACAGACGGGUCACUCCGCAGUGCUUGUGCCUCUGUGUACAGUCAAUGGAGAACCUUCCUUCCUGUUUACCCUCAGGUCAAACUCUCUACGCACUCACAGAGGUCAAGUCAGUUUUCCAGGUGGCAAGAUGGAUGACACUGACAGGGACGUCGUCCAUACUGCGCUGCGGGAAACAUGGGAGGAACUUGGCAUUACCAUGGAAACUGUAGAUGUAUGGGGAGCCAUGAUGGAUCUUCCAAGCAGGGAGAACAGAGUGACGCCAGUGAUCGGUCAUUGUGGUGAGGUGGACGUCGAGGGGCUCACUCUCAGUGAGGAUGAGGUGGAGUUGGUGUUCACACGCACAGUGAAAUCACUGUGUGAUCCCAAAAACAACGGCCAGACCCAGUUUCGAACCAGUCCCGGCUACACCCUGCCCGUGUUUCUUGGUGGAGAACACAGAAUCUGGGGACUGACAUCGAUGGUGCUCUUCCAGGCUCUGACCAUCAUCGCCCCAGGACUGUACCGUCACAAGCUCAGACAUCGGUCUUGAUGAAUUUUCUGUUUAGGCUAUUUAUAUUUUAACCUGUUUUGUUUUUUUAUCAAUAUAUGCUAUACUAUUUAUUGAUACAGACUAUAUUAAUUGAUUAAUCAAUUAUCAUUCAACAUGCCCCUAUAUUCCUAAAAACAUCACUGUGCAGAGUUGCGUCCCUUGGGCAUGCCAGAAACCUAUGAUUGUGGGUUCGAAUCCCUGUUCGCCAUGAUUAUGUUUCUG